AUGGCACCUCCCCAGCCCAUGGCCAAUGGGCCAGCCGCGGCCCAGGAGGGGGGCGCUGCGCCCAGCGCCGACGGCAACAGCGGCGGCGGCUCGGAAUUCUUCUUGCAGGGAAGAUUCAUAUUUGGGCCUGAUGUGAGAUCUGUGUUUCUCACUAUGUUCCUCAUCAUUGCACCGGUGGUUGCCUUCUGUGUGUUUGUCGCAAGGCAUCUCAUAAAUGAUUUCCCCAAUAGCUGGGGAAUCUCAGUGAUGGUAGUAGUGGUUGUCUUCACCAUUUAUGAUUUGAUGCUGCUUCUUUGUACCUCUGGUAGAGAUCCUGGUAUAAUACCACGUAAUACUCAUCCUCCUGAACCUGAAUCCAUUGAUGGGAUCAAUGAUACGGGUGUUCAGACUCCACAACAAUUUCGUUUGCCUCGCACAAAGGAAGUUGUUGUAAAUGGGAUCAGUGUACGGGUCAAAUACUGUGAUACUUGCAUGCUGUACAGACCACCUCGAUGUUCACACUGUUCCAUUUGCAAUAACUGUGUGGAACGGUUUGAUCAUCACUGUCCAUGGGUUGGCCAGUGCAUAGGACUGCGUAAUUAUCGGUUCUUCUAUAUGUUUGUCUUCUCGACGACAUUGCUCUGCCUGUAUGUAUUUGCCUUCUGUUGGGUGUAUGUGAUCAAGAUUAGAGACGCUGAGCAAUUGUCACUUUGGAAGGCCUUGUUGAAGACACCAGCUUCAAUUGUUCUGAUUAUCUACUGCUUUCUUUGUGUAUGGUUUGUGGGUGGUUUAUCUGUCUUCCAUUUAUACCUGAUGAGCACUAACCAGACAACAUAUGAGAAUUUCAGGUAUCGCUAUGAUCGGCGCGAUAACCCAUAUAACAGAGGUAUUCUGAACAACUUUCUAGAGAUAUUCUGCACUGCUAUUCCCCCUUCGAAGAACAAUUUUCGGGCAAGGGUGACAGUAGAGCAAGGGCUGCAGCAAACGCGCUCACAGUCUAGAGGUUUCAUGAGCCCCAGCAUGGGCAAGCCCAUUGGAGAUCUUGAAAUGGGCAGGAAGCCAGUAGUACCUUGGGACGAGCCAAGGUCGGCGGCUGAUAUCAGGGACUUGGAAGCAGGGCUUGGGGGCAUGUUUGAUGAGAAAGAGGGCAGAGUAGCCCAUGCAUCCCCAGAUCUGAGCAGAGAUCUUCCAGCAGAGUUUGUGGAAGGCCGAUCUGGCAUGCACUCGAGGCAGUCAAGUUGGGUUCAGAGAGGAGGUGAUGCAAUUGAAGCGUCGGCGGUGCAAAUGGAUAAUGCCCGCACCACCGAAGCUAGCAACAAUGUUGCCUGGAGCGGCACACAUUAG